AUGUUCAAUGAGAUUCGCUACGAACUCAACGGUGUGGACAUUGAUCGCAGCAGAAACGUCGGAAUAACCUCCACUCUGAAAAACUAUGUAUCUCUGACGACAUCAAGGAAUGAGAUGCUGAAGAAUGCUGGAUGGGAUAUCGUGCAUUUUUCAAACGGCGAAGAGGGCCACUUCAAUUUUUGCGUACCGCUUAGCAUGCUGCUGGGAUUUUGUGAAGACUACAGACGUGUGGUGAUUAAUGCACGUCAUGAAUUAAUUCUCAUACGCUUGCGCAACGACAACAAUUGUCUAAGAGGAGAUGUUGAGAUCCAGCCUGAGAUUAAAUUACUCAAAGUACAGUGGCGUAUGCCCCACGUCGCAUUGAACGAGAUCAAUAAGCUGGCUAUGCCACGAACUCUAGAGAGUGGAAGAUUUCUGAGCAUGAGUUUCCGCUCGUGGGAUCUGCAAGAAUCUCCUUUGCUGCAGAGCACGACUAAGCAUUCGUGGACCGUCAAGGCAACAACGCAACUCGAGAAGCAGCGAUACGUCAUUUUUGCGUUGCAGACUGGUCGAAAGAAUAACAAAAUGAGAUCGAUAACUCGAUUCGACGAUUGCAAAUUAACUAAUGUGAAACUUUAUCUAAACUCGGAAUUUUAUCCAUACGACGAUUUGAACCUCGAUUUCGGUAAGAAGAGAUAUGCCAUCCUGUAUGAUAUGUACGCGCGAUUUUACAAAUCGUAUUAUGGAGGCAAUCAUGAUGAGGCGCUUCUUCCCAUCAACAAAUUUGGAUCUUGCGGCCUCUUCGUCGUCAUCGAUUGUUCGCGACAGAGCGAAUCUGUGAAGACUGCCACCGUUGACGUGCAAUUAGAGUUCGACUGCAUGGAAGACAUACCGGCGAAUACUACAGCCUACUGUCUAAUCUUGCACGAUCGCGUAGUCGAGUAUAGCCCCUUGACCAAUGUUGUGCGCAAAACCAUUUAG